AUCACAACAAAGGAAUCGAGGGCAAAAAGGAGAUUUCACAUUACUCAUAGAUAAUGGGGGUCCAUAACUAAGAACCAUACAUUAACACUGACUCAUUUCUUUAUUACAAUUUUACAACUCAUCCCAUAAACAAAUACCAAAAAACAAAAACAAAAACAAAAAAGAAAAAGAAAAAAAAAAAACCAACAAACAUGCAACACAAACACAAAAACACAAUUCGUUUCUUUUUAAUUCCCCUGUCUCCAUCUUCCGCUUAGAUCGGAUCUUCCCAUUUCCCCCAUUGUCACCAGCACAAAAUUCCAAAAACAAAAAAAAAAAAAAACAGAGAAGAAGGAAAACAAAAACCCAACAAUCAAACCACAACAAGAAAGAAGAAAAAUAAAUAAAUAAAUAAAAGGGGGGAAAACGAGGUCCCAUAUUCUCAAAAUCCCAGGAAAAAAAGAAAAAAAAGAAAAUUCAUGCCGGAAUAGCUUGAAUUUCCGUACUUUCAUGUUGAAUAUUGGGAAAAGGAAGAAAGGGGGGUUUGUUGUUGGGCUAAUAAAUUAAUUAAUUAAAUAAAUGGGAAAUGUGACCUCGAGCGUGGCGGCAAAGUUCGCAUUUUUUCCGCCGGACCCGCCGACGUACGACGUGUACAGAGACGACGACGAGGAUGGGCGGUUGCUGAUGAGCGGAUUGACGGCGGACAAAAACGUCGACGUUCAUCUUCUCGAGACGAAAGGAGGUAAUAAAAUCGUGGCCACCUUCUGGAAACAUCCUUCCGGCAGGUUCACCAUAUUGUACUCCCAUGGCAACGCCGCCGAUUUAGGUCAAAUGCAGGAGCUCUUCAUCGAGCUCAGAGCACAUCUACGUGUCAACAUUAUGAGCUAUGAUUAUUCUGGAUACGGAGCAUCUACCGGUAAGCCAUCUGAGUUGAACACGUACUACGAUAUCGAGGCAGUAUAUAACUGCCUGAAGAGCGAGUACAGUAUCAAGCAAGAGGAUGUGAUUCUGUACGGACAAUCCGUUGGGAGCGGGCCCACGUUGCAUCUUGCUUCUCGUUUUCCGAGGUUGAGAGCUAUAGUUCUACAUAGCGCAAUUCUUUCAGGCAUACGAGUUUUGUACAAUGUUAAGAUGACAUUCUGGUUCGACAUUUUUAAAAACAUAGACAAAAUACGGAGCGUCAGCUGCCCUGUUCUAGUCAUACAUGGUACGAACGACGACAUUGUUGACUGGUCACACGGGAAGAGACUAUGGGAGCUGGCGAAGGAGAAAUACGACCCGUUGUGGGUCCAAGGUGGAGGGCAUUGUAAUCUCGAAACGUUUCCGGAAUACAUUAAGCACUUGCGGAAAUUCGUAAACGCAAUGGAGAAGCUCUCGUUCUCGAAAAGGGGCAAGGCCCGUGCGGGCCCCGCCCCGUCUAUAACAGAAGCCAAACACAACAAAUGCUUGAGAUUCGGCAAAUGAUAACUGCUCUGUUCUUAUUCUUUUGUAGGAUUGUCGAAAAAUUUAGUGAAAUAGAUUAUUAUUUUAAGAAAGAAAAAAAUUGAUUUUUUUUUUUCACUUGUUCAUCCUUUCUUGGCUCUUGACUCUGACACGUGGAAUUGUAUUUGUUAUGAUGUUCAAACGUUUUAUAUGAUAAUAUCUUUGUGUAGAU